AUGCAAUAUAAAAACAUUCAAGUAACUACGAACAUAUCAUACAACAUCAAAUACUGAUGUAAAUGAACUCAUGAGUACUGGAUAAUGACGGAUCAAAACUAGAUGACUGGACACUAUGUAAGGAUUGAUCCCAGUGAGAAAAUUCUUCGUCUAACUGUCUUGACCUUCUUGUGUAUCCUGAAAGCAUUAUAUGGUCAUUUCAAUAGAAACCGUACCGUGUGUCGAUCUAGGGAAUAUAAGUCACUAGAGAGGUUUCACUUACAU